AUGUUCUUCACCAAGAAAAAGCUCCCGUUCUUCUUUAACAAGGCAGAAAUGGAAAAGGCUGCUGUAAUUCGAACCAAGACUGUUGACGGCUCAGAAAGUGGUGAUUCCUUUCUUGACGAGGAAGAAAUCCGGGGUGUUCGAGCCCGUACCUAUGGGCAAAAGAGAUGGUGGAUUGGCUUCUUCCUGAUCCACCUUGUCCUAUUUGCCAUUUACAUCGGAACGACGCUGAACUUGCAAAGUCAGCUAGCGAAGAUACGAAAAAACGGGCUUCAAUUGAUUGAUUCGCCUGCUGCUGAAGCCCUUGAAUGGUCCGAGACCACCUUUGUUGAGAACAGCUUCUCUGACGGCCCUUUCUCUGGAUUCCCUAGGGAAGAAAUUGACAAGAAUUGGCAUGACCUCAUCAACAGCGAAAAUAUCAUCAUUGAACCGGAAAUCAUUGCCCGCUAUGGCCGUGAGGACAUCGCCGUUGCUGAUCCAGAGGGUCGUGGUUAUCUCGGCACCUUGAACGUCUACCACCAGCUCCAUUGCAUUAAACGAUUAUGGCAGUACACAUACCCCGAGUUCUACUCGAGAAGUAGGACUCCAGCAGAGGCGGAAGCAGACCGCCUACACAAAGAACACUGCUUUGAUUUCCUUCGGCAAUCCAUCAUGUGUCUCGCAGACGUGGGCAUCAUCACGUACCAAUGGUCUCCCACGCGUCUGGUGCCCAUUGCCAACUCGACAACUCACCAAUGCGCAAACUGGAAGAAACUCGACGACUGGACCAAAAAGAGAACCAUUGAUAUGAUGAAGCCCGGCUGGCUGAUUCAUCCAUCCAAGGGCUACGCGUACAAGGAGGGAGGCGACGGAGAGUAUCACCACCAUUAA